AUGCUGGGCCUAAGAUCUUUGAAAACAUCGUCCACAAUUUUAAAUAUCAAUUCCAAAAACCUUCUAUCAAUACACAUAACUAAGCCAGCACUAACUUCGUUAUUAAACAACUCCUUGGCACUAUCAAGAUGGUCUAACAAAAAUAGCACAAGAUUACAACACUCUACAAGCCCACAGAACUCAAUAAACGAUCCAAUCAUCUCCAAUAACAAAAAAUAUCAAGAUUUAAUCAAAAAUGGGGUCUUCACUAAAGAACAAAUUAUUCAAAGUGAAAAGGAUCGUUUAAACGGUUUGGGUCCAAUAAUCUCCAAAUUACCCAAAAAGAUUAUCCCAUAUUGCGAGCUAAUGAGAUUGGAAAAGCCUGUAGGUACCUGGUUAUUAUAUUUACCAUGUACCUGGUCCAUUAUUAUUUCAUCCAUAAUGUUAGUAUCCCAAGGAGCAAACAUUGGUUUAAGCCAAACUUUAUACAUGUUAACUUUAUUUGGCUUGGGUUCAUUAAUCAUGAGAGGUGCAGGUUGUACUAUCAAUGAUCUAUUAGAUCGUAAUCUAGACGAUAAAGUCAUUAGGUCUUUACAACGACCAAUUGCUAGCGGUAGAGUCACUCCAGUUCAAGCUACCACUUUUUUGACUGCACAAACUGCUCUAGGUUUGGGUAUUUUAACCCAAUUACCUCAUGAAUGUUGGUGGUUAGGUCUGGCCUCAUUGCCUAUUGUUUUCACAUAUCCCUUGUUUAAAAGAUUUACUUAUUAUCCACAAGCUGCAUUGAGUGCCUGUUUUAACUGGGGCGCUUUAUUAGGAUUCCCCGCUAUGGGCUUGGUCGAUUGGAGUGUCAUGCUGCCCUUGUAUGGUGCUACUUACAUAUGGUGUAUGAUUUAUGAUACAAUUUAUGCCCAUCAAGAUAAAAAAUUUGAUAUCAAAGCUGGUAUUAAAAGCACUGCUUUAGCUUGGGGUGAUUCUUCCAAGAAAAUAUUUUAUGGCUUAGGCUCCGUUCAAAUGUCUCUUUUGGCUUUAACUUGUUAUAAUGCUGGUAUAUUAAUGGGUCCUGGUGUUUUAUGUGGGUUGGGUAUCUUUGGUUAUAGAUUAUUUAAUAUGAUCAAAAAGGUUGAUUUAAACAAUCCAGGAAAUUGUUGGAAAUGGUUCAAGAGUAAUAUUGAUACAGGUUUAUUUUUCACCGGUGCUUUGUUUUUUGAUUAUUUGCUCAAUUUGUUCUUUUAA